AUGCGGCCGGUGCUCCCGCUGCUGGCGUGCGUGCCGGCCGCCGCCGCGUUGAGCUGCGCGGCGCGGCUCGAGCCGGGCCUCGUCAUCUUCAACCGGCUGCCCUGGUUCGAGAGCCUGGCGUGGUCCGAGGUCGUGAGCAACCAGAGCGCGGCGCUCGACUUCGAGUACCUGCGCUGGGGCGGCGACCGCGACGUCUUCCGCGCGGCGCACGCCAUGGACGCGCGCGACGUGGGCCUGAGCCACGGCGACGGGCUGCGCCUGGCGAAGACGAUCCGCGAGAUCCAGCACCGGUCGCUGCCGCGGCCGAAGCAGCGCGUCGUGCUCUGGGAGCGGAGCUUUAGUUUUAUCGAGGUGCCCGACGUCGAGGAGGGCCGCGUGGCGUGGAUCAACUUCGUCGAGGACCCCGUCGCGCGCGCGACGCGGUCGUGGCGCGGUUCGGCCGGCGAGUUGGAUCGAUGCGUCGCGAAGAAGGGCGCGGAGCACUGCGUGCCCUGCGAGUCGAUGACGGCCUGGUUCUGCGGCGGCGGCGCCAUGUGCGACCUCGCGGGCAAGGGCGAGGCGGCGCUCGUGCGCGCGAAGCUCGUCCUCGGCCGCGACUUUUCGUUCGUCGGCGUCCGGGAGCGCUGGGCCGACUCGCUGCUCGUGCUGGAGAAGUUCGUGCCGCACCUCUUCGAGGGCGUCGCCGGCGUCGCGCGCGCGCGGACGCCCACGUCGGCGGACUUCUUCUUCGGCGGCGGCGCGGGCCUCGCGGCGGACCUCGAGCCGGAAACCGUCAGAAAGAUCCGCGACGCGAACGGCCUCGACGCGGAGCUCUACGACCACGCGGUGGCGCACCUCGAGAUCCACGCCCAGGCCUGCCUCGGCCGGCCCCUCGUCGCCGCGCCGUCGCCGACGGAGCGGCGGCCCCUCGAGCCCGUCGCGUUCCCGACGGGUCUCGACGACCUCGCGCCGCUGCCCGCGCUCGACGGCGCGAAGGCCGGCGCGUGCUACUCCGGCGAGGAGGCGCGGCGCACGGCGCCCAAGAGCAAGGGCUGGUUCGCCAAGCCCAAGGGCAAGGGCCGCAAGAAGCAGGACGACGACGACGCGGCGCACUGCUUCCCGUCGGCGCUCGGCGUCGGCGCGACGCGCGCGGGCGUGGGCUUGGUCGCGCGCCUGCUCAAGAUGCACCCCAUGGUCCACGGGCCGGGCGCGAGCCUGCGGUUCUUCGGCGGGCGCGACGAGCGGCACCCGCUCGACUACGCGAUGCACCCGUCGUUCGCGCUGUCGAAGGCGCAGCGGCGGUCGUCGCACGUGACCUUCGAGGCGUCGCCGGAGUACGGCGUGCGGCCCGGCGCGUUGCGGGAGAUCCGGGCGCUCCUGCCCGACGCGCGCCUCGUCUUCGUGCUCCGCGAACCCGUCGCGCGCGCGUACGACGAGUUCUGGGCCCACGUGCGCCGGGGCAAGCUCUUCCGCCGCGACAAGGAGCUCUUCGUCUGCCACGGCGCCGACGUCGUCGGCAAGGAGGCGGCGACGAACGCGGAGCGCCUCGGCGGCGGGCCGGGCGCCGUCGCGGCCGCGCGCGCGGGCUGCGUCGCGCGCGGCUCGCGCGUGCCGCCGACGGUCGCGUCGCCUCUCGUCUUCGACGCGUACGCGCGCCAGCUCGUCUUCGACGCCUGGGAGCCGGACCGGCGGGCCGUCAUGAAGCGCGCCGCGCUCAACGACAGCCUGCCGCUCGACUGGGAGCUCGGCGCGCUCAACGACAACGCGCGCGGCCGCGUCUUCGCGCGGUCGCUCUACGCGCCGCAGCUCGCCGCGCUCUUCUCGCGCUUCGACCGGAAGCAGGUCCACGUGCUCGUCUACGAGCAGCUGCUGGCGCCGGACACGGGCCCGAGGGUCGUCGCGGGCCUCGUCAAGUUCCUCAAGCUCAAGGGCCUGAAGUACCAGCCGGACCGCAUCGCCGCCGCGGCCAAGUCGCAGGAGAAGCGGCGCUACGGCGACGGCGCGAGCACGAACGAGAACGGCGCCGUGACGAACGACUACCGGCCGCUCCUCCGGAAGACGCGGCGCCUCCUGGAGGCGUUCUUCACCGUCGACGCGGAGCUCGUCAAGCGCAUGCUCCCGGACCUCCAGAUACCCUGGUAG